UCGUGUGCUUGUUUAGAUGCCAAGCUUGAACAGAUCCUUAAACCCUAUUCCUCUCCCUAACCAUGAAACCAAACUAAUAAAUCCGACCUUUCGUUUCUUAGUUAUCUCGACAAAAGCUUAGUUUCAUCAUUUGAUAAAAGUUUCCCAAUUCCAAAAACACAAUCAAUCUUAAAAAUGCUCAGAAAACGACUCCCAUCACUAUUCUCUGCCACAGUCCGCAGUUUCUCCAAACCCAACCUUCCAUCUCCCCCCCAAUCCACACUACCUAUCUCAAAUUUUUCGAAAAUCUUCUCAAAGGGACCGAUUCGGGAAUGUAGGUUUUCAAGUAGGAGGGCAUACAGUAGUUUAUUGAGCUUGAAUGAUCUGAGAAAUAACCCAGGUGCGACCAAACAAAAGAAGAGGAAAGGUCGUGGUAUUGGGUCUGGUUUGGGGAAGACUGCUGGACGUGGUCAUAAAGGUCAGAAAGCUCGUGGGACCAUGAAGUUUGGGUUCGAAGGUGGUCAGACACCGUUGCGUCGCCGCCUUCCGAAACGAGGGUUUAAGAAUCCCUUUAGCCUCACUUUUCAGCCAAUAGGUUUGGGAAAGAUUGCCAAGCUUAUAAAUAUGGGAAAAAUUGAUUCAUCCGAGCUGAUCACAAUGAAAACUCUCAAGGAGGCAGGAGCUAUAGGGAAGCAGAUAGAGGAUGGAGUGAGGCUGAUGGGACGUGGUGCUGAACAAAUAAAAUGGCCGAUCCAUCUUGAGGUGUCUAGGGUGACAGUGAGAGCAAAGGCAGCUGUGGAGGCUGCAGGAGGAUCUGUGAGGAAAGUGCACUACAAUAAGUUAGGUUUGAAAGCAUUGCUAAAGCCUGAGUGGUUUGCUAAGAAGGGAAGGCUACUUCCUAAAGCAGCUCGGCCUCCACCAAAACUUGCAGAUAAAAUAGAUAGUAUUGGGCGUUUACCUGCUCCAACAAAGCCUAUACCAUUUAUUGUUGAUGAAAGCAUGGCAGCUGUGCCCACUCCUUGCUAAAGACAAAACUCACUAACUGUAUUCCUUUUGGUUCAGUUUUUUUGUUAGAACAGGUUAGAAAGUAUAAAGCGGUCAAAAUAUGGUUUAUGUUCUCGUUUUUAUUUGCUCUUCUGGCCAUUAUGCGUUUUUACAUAUGUUCUGGUUUUCAGGGACCAUAGGUACUCAGUUACGUUGGCAGCUGGGAUAUUUGAUUGUAUGCUUCUCUCUUAUUUAGUUAAGCAGCAUCCCUUUCUGAAGUAUAACUGUAUAAGAAGUGGGUGCGAUCUUACUCAUGAAGAUUGGCUUGUUGACUAUAACAUAAACUGAUGGCCGAUUUCUAUUACGUUUUGAUGGUCCUUAAGCUGUUUUGGCCAAUAAUAAUGGCAAUUUACCA